AUGCAGACCAAACUCCCGCGCCCUCCAAUAAGGGCAAGCGGUACACAGCUAUUGGCUUUCAAAUCUCUUCCCAGGACAAGUCCAUCAUUCCGAAGAUGGUAUUCGGUGGUGACGAAUCGAAACUAUGACGUACAACCGAUGUAACCCUAUCAGAAGAUGCAUACUUACACAUUUGAUAGGAUGCCGUGGAACUUCUCAACACCCUUCAAACGCCAUAUAACGUCUUGAAAUACAGGAGAGAUAAUGGAAUCAGAAUUAAUAAGACGGCCAAUGAGGAGAUCUCGAGAUGUUUGGAGAAAAUCGGGUACAAUGUACGAAGUUUCCGGUAUUUGUGAAUGUGUUUGUUUGUGUUCUAUGAAUUAGAUUUUCUCUGCAAAUUCUAAGCAGCCGUUCCCAUGCCUUUUCCAUUUCUAGUAUCGUUUCUCAGCUCAAUUAAUUUCACAUCACUUCUGAAUCGCCGAUCAUAUCUCAUCAGCGUUUUUUCUUACAAGCUUUGGAAACUGCGGAAUUCCCCUUAAGCUAUUGAAAGUAUCUUCUUCUAACAUCUUUCAGCAAAACGAUCUCUCUCGUCUCAACAUCCUUCACGUGGCUGGUACCAAAGGCAAAGGCUCAACAUGCGCCUACAUAUCCUCCAUCCUCGCCCAACACCAGAAAACCACCUCACCCUCAAUUCCUCAGAAAAUCGGUCUCUUCACGUCCCCACAUCUAAUAGCAGUCCGAGAGCGAAUCCGCAUAAACUCCCUCCCAAUCCCAGCACCACUCUUUGCAAAGUACUUCUUCCAGGUCUGGAACAUGCUCUUAUCACCACCCAAGGCCCUUCCAAAACCGGUAUACUUCCGUUUCCUCACACUCCUUUCCUACCACGUGUUUCUCUCUGAGCAAGUCGAUGCCGCAAUCUACGAAGUUGGCGUCGGCGGCGAAUAUGACUCUACGAAUAUUGUUCAGAGACCUGUUGCGACGGGUAUCACUACUCUGGGUAUUGACCAUACUUUUGCGCUCGGGGAGACUAUUGAAGAGAUCGCUUGGCACAAAGCCGGGAUCCAGAAGGUUGGGGCACCAUCUUUUACGGUUCCUCAGAGAGGGGGUGCAAUGAGUGUCAUUCAAUCACGGGCUGAAGAACGAGGUGUGGAAUAUUUAAAGGUUGUUGAGCAAGAUUCGAGGCUAGAAGGCGUCAAAGUAAAACCUGACGCUGAUUUCCAAAAAGGGAAUGCGAGUUUAGCUAUUGCAAUGGCGGAAACUCUGCUGAGGAAAAUUGACCCCGAGUUUGAGGUGGAUUCCAUGAAAUUACCCAAGGCUUUCAAAGAUGGGCUCGAACAGGUGGUUUGGAGAGGGAGGUGUGAGAAGAAGGUCGAGGAGAGCGUGACUUGGUACUUGGAUGGGGCGCAUACAGCAGAUAGUAUUGCUGUAGCUUCAAAAUGGUUCAGUGAAGAGACGGACAAGAAGUAUUUUAUCUACCUUUACACUCCGCUUACAUGGCUCCCAUCUACUCAAGCUAACAAAUGUCGCCAACAGAAAAGUAACCCGUAUAUUGAUUUUCAACCAACAAGGCCACCGCGAGGCGGUCGAGUUACUCGAACACCUCUACCAUGCCAUCAACAAACACGAUGUCGUAUUCGAUCAUGUAGUUUUCUGUCCCACAGUUCUCCUCUCCUCUUCAUCAACCAAGAAAGGUAAAUUGUUCACCCUGUAGAUUCUAGAAAUUCAUCAAAGCUCACAGCCCUAAUAGACUUCAUGAAUGCGGCAAACGACACGCAAGCCAUAACAUCCUUAAGCUUACAAAACUCCUUCACAACAAAAUGGAAGGAACUCUCAUCUUUGUCGCCGCCCUCAACCACGGGCGUGGAAACACAAUCCACAAGAAUUAACGUCUUCUCUAGUCUCGAUGAUGCAUUCAAAUAUGUACGCUCAUUGCCUCGGACCGAGAAUGCAGGGGAGGAAACGAAGGAGGAAAAUGAGAAAGUAGAAGUCUUCGUCACAGGUAGCGUCCAUCUUGUUGGUACAGCCUUAAGGUCUUUAGAGGGCGUUGAUGCUUUGUGA